CACAAGGAAAGGCUGCAAGAGAAGUGUUAGAACCAGUCUCCUAGUCAUCACUGAGCGUUAAGUCUUCCAGUUUUGUUUCUCAUCCCAUUUGUCUGGCGUCCUUCUCCUACCCAUCUCCAUCUCAUAGCUAUCUCUUACUCCCCUUCCAGGAGAGGAGAGGAGAGGACGAUCUGGGCCAUGUCUUCGUCUCCCUUAUUGGAGUCUGGCGGAGGAGAGAGGAUAAGAGAGGGAUGGUGGAGAAGAAUUUUGGACGAGGAGGAGGCCAAGAAUCAGCUGCUGUUCGCCUUGCCCAUGAUAAUCACCAGCAUGUCCUACUACGCCGUCACGCUUGUCUCGGUCAUGUUCGCCGGCCAUCUCGGCGACCUCGAGCUGGCCGGCGCCACCCUCGGCAAUUCCUGGGGUACCGUCACCGGCAUAGCUCUCAUGACUGGUUUAAGUGGGUCUCUCGAGACACUUUGUGGUCAAGCAUAUGGUGCAAAGAUGUAUCGGAUGCUAGGAAUAUACCUACAAUCAUCAGUUCUUAUAGCUACAUUCUUUUCGAUCUUAGUAUCCAUCUUAUGGUACUAUUCAGAGACCUUAUUGAUCUGGCUGCAUCAAGAACCAGAAGUAUCAAAAAUGGCUGGCCUCUAUCUGAGAUAUCUGAUUCCAGGUCUUUUUGCCUAUGGCUUCUUGCAAUGCGUUAUGAGGUUUCUCCAGACUCAAACAGUAGUGAUGGCUCUGGUUGUGUGUUCAGUACUCCCACUAAUUUUCCAUGUUGGGAUAACAUAUUUACUGAUCCAUGUCCUGGGCCUUGGAUUCAAAGGAGCUUCGCUUGCUGGCUCCAUAUCAUUAUGGUUAUCAUUGUUGAUGCUUGCACCCUAUAUCAAUUACUCAGAGAAGUUCAAGUGCACUUGGGAAGGGCUCUCGAUGGAAUCUUUUCAGUAUGUAAUUUCUAGCUUGAGGUUGGCUGUUCCCUCGGCAGUGAUGGUCUGCCUUGAAUAUUGCGCUUUCGAGAUCCUUGUUUUGCUUGCUGGAUUGAUGCCAAACUCAGAGUUGAGUACUUCAGUAAUAGCAAUGUGCGUGAACACAGAAGCAAUCUCGUACAUGAUCACAUACGGAUUCAGUGCAGUUGUAAGCACGCGUGUGUCAAAUGAGAUAGGCGCUGGAAAUACAGAGAAGGCUAAGAAUGCUGUUGCUGUGACACUGAAACUCUCGAUCCUUCUAGCUUUGACAGUUGUUCUUCUACUAGUUUUUGGUCAUAAUAUAUGGGCAAGCUUGUUCAGCAGCAGUCAUGAUAUUAUAAGGGCAUUUGCUUACAUGACUCCACUACUCACAGUGUCUAUAGUAUUGGACUCAGCUCAAGGAGUUUUAUCUGGAGUAUCUAGAGGCUGUGGUUGGCAGCACUUGGCAGCCUGGACCAACUUAGUAGCAUUUUAUGUAAUUGGCAUGACAUUGGCUCUUCUUUUUGGAUUCAAGUUGGGAUUUUAUGAUAAGGGAUUGUGGAUGGGUUUGAUCUGUGGUCUCUUCUGUCAGGCUUGCUCCCUCUUAGUGAUCACUCUGCGCACUAAAUGGACAAGAUUGGACCUCCUAGCGAAGGAUGAACAAAAUUAUGUGCUUGUUUAGCUAGAGGCAUUAUAGAACUCAUGAAAUGAUGCUAGAGAUUUGCAUCAUCUAAUAAUAAGCCAAUGAAUGCCUAUUCUUUUAAGGAUUGAGCAUUUUCAAUUUCAGAAUAUGAUCGCGCUUUAUGAUAGAGCAGCGAACGUGUAAAAUCAAGUGUUUAUCAAUUAGCAAGGCUGUUAGCGCCAAAGGCAAAUGUGUUCUUUGGUUUACUAUAUGUAUGCAAACAAUAGCACCACACAGUGCUUGAAUCUUCUUCCAGCCAAACUGCAGCAGCAUUUAACUA